AUGUCAGUGCUGGAAUUGAAAAAUAUGCCAGAAACCUUUGGGUUUAACCCGACUAAACGAAGGAGUGGGAAAGUGAGAAGCUUUAAUCAGGAGCAGAAUGCAGGGGCACGCUAUUCGAGGAAGAAACUGCAGACCGUGAUCUGCCUGCUUUCAGUGGAGCUGUGCGAACGCUUUACUUACUUUGGGAUAGUGUGCAACAUGAUUCUAUAUUGCACUCUGAAAGUGGGCUACAAGAACUACCAGGCUGCCAUUAUCAACCUGUGUUUUGUUGGAGCAAGCACCUUGACUCCUGUGCUGGUGGGAUGGUUUGCAGAGUCUUGCAUGGGGAGAACCAAAGUGGUUUACAUCUGUGCUCUCCUUCACUUUAUAGGUACUAUGAUGCUGCCUGUCGUUGCAUUCCCAUUUGAGGAUUUCUACAUUGAUACUCACCAUAACAUAAAUGCUCUUGAUAAGGGGGAGCAGACUGUGCUGUUUUAUAUUGGCCUCCUGUCAGCAUCUUUGGGCUCAGGAGGAAUCCGAGCUGUUGUUUGUCCAUUCGGUGCCUACCAGCUACAGGAGUACGAUCAAAGCCAGCUUCUAACAUUCUUCAAUUGGUUUCACUGGUUUGUGAACUUGAACUCUGCAGUUGUCUUUUUGGGCAUUGCCUACAUUCAACAAUCUAUAGCGAAAAACUUGGGCUUCCUUAUUCCUUUUGCAUCCAUACUGAUGACCCUUCUUACUAUUCACAUGGUGCAGAACAGACUUAUAUAUCAACCCAAGUCAGGUGGCUCCUUGAUGAUGUUUUUUGGUGUUUUAGUCAACGCUGUGAAGAUGUGUUGUAUGAGAUAUCGUCACAUCAGCGGAGACGUGAGCAACUGGUUGGACCGAGCCAAGGAGAACUACGGUGGCUGGUACAGCGAAGCCCAUGUGAACAAUGUCAAAUGCCUUUUCAGAUUAAUUCCACUGUUUGCCUUUCAGAUUCUAUACAGGUUCUGCAUACUUCAGAUCCCUUCAGCAUAUUUUAUUCAAACAAUGCACUCGAAUCUGAACCUGAGGGGAUUUCUCCUUCCAAUAGCAACACUGAAUGCAAUUGGUCUCCUUCCUGUAUUGCUGCUUACACCUUUCCUGGAAUAUGUUGGAGCCUGCUUACGAUCUGUUCGUAGAGACCCGUUAUCACCACCACCGUUGGCACAGAUGGUUAUAGGUCACCUGUGUGCAGUCUUGUCUGUAGUGGUCGCUGGGAUAUCAGAGAUGAGCAGGAGAAACUUUCUGCAAGUGGAACAGACUCUGUCUGGAAAGGUGCUCCUUGUGUCUUCAAUGCCUUGCUUUCAUCUUGCUCCUCAGUACCUCUUGCUCGGAAUCUCUGAGGCAUUGGUCACACCUGCUUGUAAGCUGAUUACAUUCAGACUGUCUCCAAAGAGCAUUCGAGGCAUUGCAAUGCAGUUCAUGACACUCUUCAAUAGUGCAGGCUGCUUUGUGGGAGCGAUGAUUAUUCAUACUACCCACCAAGUAUCUGGAGGUAACUGGUUUCCAAAUAAUCUGAAUGUUGGAAAUUUGGACAUAUUCUUUUUUCUCCUGGCUGCGUUCAUGCUUCUGAAUAUUCUGGGAUUAUGGCGUAUUUCUCACAGAUACAGAGACCUUCACCAGGAAAAUGACCAAUAUGUUAAAGGAGUUCUUCUGGAAAAGCUAAUGGAACACGAAAAAUCUCUGAAAUUCUAUGACAGUGUCGUGGAUUGGCCCACCUUCUCCUAUCCCAGGGAGAUCAUACUAUGA